AUGUCGAACCAUGUCCUGCCGCCUAGACGGUCGAUAGGCGUCGGAGGGAUCGACAGAAAUGUCUCGAAUGGUUCACCGGCGGUACACAUGCCAACGGCAUAUGAUCGAUUCGAUAAUGCCAAGAGGAAUUCAUGGAUUGAUGAUCUGCAGCGCAAGAUUCGACGAGGGCUGAAUGGACCUGUUUCUCCUGGACCUUCGAGAUCUCCAUCUCCACUCAUAGGAUUGGACAACACUGGGCGUGACGUACUCGACGGCGAGAACCCAAAUCAAGACCUGCAGAAAGAUGAAGACGGAGAUGACGGUCAGACACUUCAGGUCCAAGUCAAUGGAGUUCAUGAUGAUGAAGCGGUGCUAGAAGACGUCCUAUCACCUGAAGUGGGAGAUGAGGCACUUCUGGAUGGUCUAGACCCUGACGCUGAGGAUGGCGACGAAAGUCAAGAGGAUCAGCUCAUGAGUGAUGGGCUUGAGGAAGACAUCGAUGAGCUGGAGCCUCAAUUCGAAGAUGACGAAGAGUAUGAGGAGGACGCGGCAUUUCAAGAUGAGGAGGAUGAGAGGUACAACCCUGUCGAGGUUGAGGAUGGUGACGAGGAGGGAGACGAUCCGGAGCUUGACGAGGAAGAGGAAGAGGAAGAGGAAGAGGAGGACGACAACGGGGAAGACGAAGACCAGGAGGUAGAGGAUGAAGGAGAUGUCGAGGACGUGGAAGGCUGGGAAGGAGAGGCAAUUGGGGGCGAUAUUUUUGGAGAAGCUAUGCCCGAAAAUCAAAGCAUCUACGAAGGAGACGGGCAAGAUCUCGAUAACCCAUACGGCGCCGAUCUAGGUGAAGACGAUACUCGGGUCUAUGAUGAAGACGCUGGCGGCUGGGUCGAUACAGUAGCACCAUUGCCGGAGAGCACGAGUCAGACCGCGGGAUCCAUAAAUUUCACAGCUUCAUCCUCGUCCCUUUUUCCAUCGCUUCCACCCACGACGAAUCCGAAGAUUCCGCAAACAGGAUUUUCCGGACAAGUCGAAGAUCCUGCCUCGUGGGCUAGCACAUCGACAGGAAUGCCUCAGGAGAUCGACCCUGCGCUCUUGGCAGCGCUGGCUCAGCAUAUUGCCGAUCCGAGUCUCGCUGUCGGCAAUGAGACAGAGCUCAUGAGCGGGAUGCUCAUGCCACCUCCCCAUCAACUGUACUCUGACGAUACGACUCAAGCUGCAGCUGCGUUUCUCCAAUCAAGCGAGUUGGCCUCAGACGAGGAGGAUCAAGACGGUCGACUCGAAGAAGACGAACCCAUGUACGAUCGAACCUUCAUUGCGGGCCCCGGAGGAGAUCACAACGAUCGCUAUGGUAUAGAGAGUAUGGAUGUAGGGUUUGGCUCCGAGAGGGACGAAGAGGAGGAUGAGAAUGACGAGGAAGAGGAGCUCGAGGAACCUGUGGAGCAAGCAGAGCAAGAGGAAGAUGAGGAAAGUGACGAGGACGACGACGAAGAAGGAGAAGCUUUGUCGCCUCCGGUCGUCUCUACUGCUCCGCGGCGAACAUCUCAUGGUCCUACGCCGGAUGACGAAGUCAUUGAGAUCUCUUCAGACGAAGAAGGCGACGACGAGCAGCAGGAAGAAGAAGCGGAAGACAGUCGAGAUGGGGACGACGAACCCGAGGAUGGAAGUCCAUCGGAGGAUUUCUCUGAAGAGGAGGAAGUCGUGGAAAACCCCGAGCCGCAUACGCCUUCAAACCAAAUACAUUCACCGGGAACAGAUAACGUUCCCUCGCCUGCAGGCCCGACGCACCAAACGCUGCCCCAGGGCGAAGCAGGACUUGAUGAUGCCCUGACAUACGAAGAUCAUGGCGAAUUGCCGUCUAUUUUCCAGCCUGACAGCUCAACAUUUGACGGGCCGCUGGCUGAUCAAAAUCCCUCUCCACCCGUCUCUACUGGAUCCAAUAACAAGAUGGUCCAACAUGAUGAGGACGCGUAUGAGAGUGAGGCGACUCCGGAGCUCGCCGACCCCUCGCUCGCUGCAAGGGUUCUCGAAGCUGUAGAUGGAGAUGUCAUGGAGGAAGAUCCUCGAGCGGUUGCUCUCGAUACCGACCUGCCGAUGCUCGAAGUUGUCGAGCUGGUAGAGAAUACAGAACCGCACUCCACAGUUGCCGUCGUCCCGCUCGAGCAGUCAGUGAUUGUCGACAUGGUCGAGGAGCGAGUAAUGCUGCGACAGCCUGGAGAGGCUCAAAUGGCCGAUGUCAGAGAAGCAAACAGGAGAGAGAUACAGAUACAGUUCGAAGAGGAAGUAGUGCGAGUCGAAAAGCCUAUCGACUCCUCUGUUGACCGAAUGGACGAUCAGCCGAUGGACUCUGUGGUGGACGUGGAUAUGGACAAAGUGGAGAGCAGCGUGGCGCGUCGCGAAGAAUCCAAUGGUCGUGACUUCUCUGCUCCUUCCCCGUUGGUAGUGCCAGAAUCGGCACCUGAUCUUGAUCAGAGCGAAGACACCAUGGAGCUCGACCUCAUGGUGGAGGAGCCGGGAAGCGGCGACGAUGAAGAUGAAGAUGAAGAUGAAGAUGCAGAUGAAGACUCUGACGGGGCCGACGAGCCCUCGCUUCCUGAUCCACACGAAGCACCACGAGAUGCCUCGAUGCCAAUCCCAUUCCUCCUUCGAACACCAAGGACCAGUCAAUCUCCCUCGGCUUCCGUCGUUGUUGCUCCAUCUGAAGCUCCACCAGUCGUAGCUCUCUUGGCCGAAGUGGAGAUCAUCGAAUCAGCAGAGAUCCGCGAAGAAUCACCGAUCGCCCUUCCUGACCCUCAUGAGCGACCCCCUGAUGCCAUCAUGCCCUCCCCCCAGAUCCCUUUCGAUCCAACCUCACUUGAUGAUCGACCUCCUUCCCUGAUCGUCGAGCCCCCUACUAUCCCGCCAGAUCCUGACACUGUCACGGCAGGGGCUCCGCUCACUGAAGGAACAGAUACACCACCCGCCCUACCCGAUCCCAUGCUUGCACCUCCGCCGAUAGAUACCGAUAGGUUCUCCUCGCUCCAAGCUUCGGACUUUGUCAACACUCACUACAGCCCUACGCCUUCUCUCAUCGUCGAACCUCCAGAUCAGACUCCAUUGCCUAGCUCUAUAAAAGAUACAGCUCGAGAUCUUGACCGAGAAGAGACACCAACUCCACUGCCUGAUCCAAAGGCGCCACCGCCGGAUGCGAUCCUUCAACUGCCGGUGCUCGCUCCUGGUGACAUAGCAAAGGUCACUCCAUCUCCCUCGUUGAUCGUCGAGCCGCCUGUGGAUACUCUCACCUACUCGACAGCCACAACGCCCGGUGUGCAGGUAGGAUCAGAACGGGACGCGUUCAUGAAUGAAUCUGAGGCCGUCGAUGGAUCGGAUAAUCAGCAGGCAGAGCUCCAUCACAUUACCGACCUGGACUCGAGCUCUUUCGAGAAAGCGGAGGAUUUUGAAGCUGAGCCAAAGCAAGACAAUCCUAGCCUAACGUUACCUGCCGACGUUCUCCCACAACCAGAAUUCAUCCCGAUGAGACACCAUCACGGUUCUCGUCAGCCUAACAGGCAAAUGCCGAUCAGGUCCCGUACUCGAUCGAGUCAGCAACCGUCGCCUACACCUGAUCCCGAGCCGCUUGGUGGCCACAUGACUCGAUCUCAAUGCUUCUAUCGCAAGUUACAUUUACGGGAAGAUGUGUACGAUGCUGUCAUCUUGGUGCCCCAAUGUACUGUGAUCGACAAGAAGGCUCUGGAAGAAGAAGACGCCGAAGAUCUUGGUCAACCCUCGCCGAUGGACCAGCUGGAAGGUUACACGGAGGAACGACGAAUAAACGUCAAUCAGCCCUUAGUCGAUGAUCCUUUAGCUGCAAAGCUUCACAGGAUCGUAGGGCUGGAUGUUGUCAACGAGGGUCAUUGUUAUCUCCUUUCGGCGUCCGAGAACGUGCUUAUCCCGGCAGCUGUGGAGGAGAAAGAGGACGAGAAGGCGGCAGAGGAGCCAAAGACGCCAGAAAUUGGUCCACCCGCCAGUCAAGGAUCUACUCGUCGACGCCGAGCCAGCGGACGCAAAUCGGCUGGGGAGACUCAAGCAUCAGGUCCAGCCUCAGAUUCACCGAAAGUCCCAGCGCGUCAGACUCGCUCAAGCGCUCGAAAUGCUCGUCAGUCUAUGGAACCGAGUACUAGCGAGGUGAUGGCGAGUCCACGCAUGGAUCGGAAAGCCAACCGAUCCUCUGCAUCUCAGGCAUCUCAGCUGGAUUCUCCUAGCGCGACCCUGCGUCGAAAUCUGCGUCGGUCCACCUCCUUGGCUCAAGACGAGAUAAUAGACAGUCCAGCCAAGCACACCAGAAGCCAUCGACAGGCAACUCCAGAGGAUCAUCUAGAUAUGCCCGAAUCGGCGGACGAGAGUACACCAAUGGCUGCCGACGGCCCUGCUAAACGUACGCGUAGUCGCGCUAGCUUGACGCCGACGCUGGACACUCCGGCACGCAAACGUGGUAGAAGGCACGGGCCAAGAGCUAGCAGUAUUGAGGUCGGUCGCCCCGGUACGGGUGUUGCGGAUGCGUUGGGUCUGGCGGAGCCUCAAAGGGAGCCCGAACAGGACGCCAUCCCACGAAGUGCGGAUGCGGAUAUGGGAGAAGAGGAUGUCCAAGUCCAAAUCAUUACUCGGUCCGGACGGACUCGACGAUCCACCGCCAAUCUAUCGGAAGACGCAGCGUAUCGCCCUGCGGAAGACGAACACGAAUGGGCAAGCGAGUCGGAAGAGGGUGUUCAAGUCGACAAUGGUGAUUAUACACGGGGAAAGCCUCGCAAGACGCGUAAGGGCAAAGGACGAGCCAAGCACUCACCAGUCGAUGUCAAUGAUUCGAAGCUCGAGAUGGAAACAGACGGCAUUGACGUCAAAGUCGAGUCUGCCCCUGACCAUGUACGCGAUCCAUCGGCGGAUACAGACGCAGCCACGGAUAUAGUAUGGGACGAAUCUGAGGAAGUUGUGCAAAAGCCAAUUGGAAAGCGUAAAAGUCGACGCUCUCUAGCGGCGAUGAAAGACAAUAUUGCGUUCAAGUAUGAUCCAUCGGCAGAAGCGACGCCUGAUGAUGCUGGAUCCGAGGUGAUGGGCGAUGAUUCCGACGCGCCUACACCUGGGCGUAUGGCCAGAGGUCGAAAAAGAAAGCAGAGACCUACUGGAGCUAUGGACGAUGAGGGGACCCCUGCUUGGAAAGAGGGCAAAGGCGACUACUUUGAAGACGAUGACGGCAACGAUGAUGGAACUGCAGGCGGUCGUGGUGUGGUGCGUGACGAUAUUGGGACGCCUAGUAAACGCCGGGCGGUCGAGGGCGAAUCUCAUUCGCCAGUCGCUGUUGCGACUACCUCGUCCACUCUCGAGCCCACGCCUGGCAGUAAUGAAACGCCGAAGCCAUCGAUGUUUGGCAGAUUCUGGCCAUUCAGGAAAAAGUGA